AUGAGCUUUCUUGAGUUUGAAGAAGCUCAAUAUUUUGUUCUAGUCGCUGUUGUUGGUAGCCAGGUUGGAUCUAUCAGUAUAAUUUUCAUCGAAUUGAAAUUUAUAUUUCAUCUCGAAAUAAAAGAAAAUGUUUUGUAGGUUGUACUGGUUUUCAUUUUGAUCCAAUGGUUCUACCCUUCGAUUGAAGAACCAAUGAAUUUCGUUGCACGGCGACUUCCUCUGGUGAGUAUAUGGACAUUAUGAAAAUUCGAAGUCAUUUUUUUUAACUCAAUGAAAAACUAAACUUUGAAAUUUUCUUCAAAACUCAGGAGAACAAUCAAAGCGUAGACGGUGCUCCAAGGUUCCCCGCGGCGUUCUUGACGAGACAAGAAAUCAACGUCGUCUGUUCGAGGCCUCUGAACAGACGACGUGGCCUUCAACUGUCUGUCCGAGUUAUUUCUCUUCUAACUACUUCAUUCAUCUUUUUCUGUUGAGGAAAUGGAAGCGCUGAAGCUUGCGCAUGGCGGGGAAACCACCUACCUGCGAGAAGCGAACGAUUUCCCGCUCAGGAAAAAGCUGAGAUACGGCACUAUAUUCUCGAGAAGGUACACUCUAGCGAAGGACGGGAUAAUGGGAACUCGAGAAAUCAUUUCGGUGAGUGAAACGGCCUUCCGGAAUAGGAGUUGUUCCAGCAAACGACGGAAGGAAGGACACAAGACGUGAUUCACACUCAACCCCUCACGGCGGACACGGACGACGAAGCCGAAGUGAAACGGCCUUUGAGGCGGCAGUCCAAGGAGAACAUGAAGGACCUUCGCAAGGCCAAAAAAGCCAAAGGCAGUUAAGAUCCCUAGUCAAUACUUCUGACUGUUUUCCUUCAGUGGAGAAAGAGUCCAAGAAGACGGGCGCAAAAGAUAAUAGUUCGAGAAAAUCCAGGAGCAAGUUUUUUGUGGUUCUGCCGGGUUUGUUCUGAAAUCUUUUUGGAAUCCCAUGAUUUCUCAGAACUGCUGUCAAAAAAGCAGACGACGUCCGCGUCGCGGACCUCGUCUUCGACCGCACAUCCGUCGUUGCAGAGAUCUCGGAGCAAGCACAGGGGCUCCGAAAAUCGUCCACCGUCCUCUCAAACACAACUCGCCUCCACUAAAUCCAGGACCACGCAUCCACGACACACAAAGUUGAAACGCGGAGUCUCAUCCAGUUCAAACGAAUCACAUAGCGUUGGUUUCUUUCCAAUUUUCAGCCUGAAAAAGUCGGUAAGGUUCUCCACGGUAUUUCUGUAGUAUGGUAAGACGAACUCGUCGCCAAAAUUUCGAUCUUUGAUAUUCUAUAAAAGUAUCCUGAAGAUCUCAGUCUUCACAAUUUCAUAUGAGUCGUCAUUUUAGGCUGUUUCAGAGAUUUUCCAGGCAUCUCUUUUGAUUAAUUUUUUUUCAAAAAGAAUUUUUACAGAGAGAUAUCAAAAGCCGAAGUUCCAUCGGUUGA